AUGGACGUUGACCUCAAAACAGACAACAAGGCCACCGUUACGGAGGAGCACCUCCACAUCGAGGUGACCGACAAGCAUUCGUUCGACAAGCAUUCGUUCGACGAACAUGCCGAGGUGGUAGACAAGAAGGCCGAGCGGGCUCUGAAACUCAAGUCGGACUUUCUCAUUCUUCCCAUCAUGUCGCUGACUUAUCUGAUCGCCUACAUGGAUCGCAAUAAUCUCGGCAAUGCGAAGAUCAUGACCUUCACCAAGGACACCCAUCUCACGAGCAAGCAAUUUUAUAAUUGUCUUACCAUCUUCUAUGUGGGCUAUCUUACGUGCAUGCUUGCCGGCAAUCUGGCUCUCAGAGCCUGGGGACCUGACAGAACCAUCGGAGGAGCCUGCGUGUUCUUCGGUGCGAUUGUUUGCGGCUUAUCUCAGGCGAAGAACUACGGCUCUGUCAUGGCCCUUCGAGUGCUGGUCGGCUGUGGAGAAGCCUUCAUCCAGGGAGGCGGUCUCUAUUUGAGCUUAUGGUAUAGCCGGCAUGAGCUAGCUACCCGGGCGGCGAUUUACUACUCGACCUCAACGAUUAGCGGAUGCUUCAGCGGCCUAAUUGCCUAUGGUGUCCAAAAAGAUCUCAAUGGCACGCAUGGAAUGUCUGCGUGGCAGUGGCUCUUCUUGGUCGAAGGAAUACCUUCAAUUGCGGUGGGCAUAUUGAUCUUGUUCCUUCUGCCUCAGUUUCCAGACAGACUGAAGAAAAAACACUGGCUUUUCACCGAGGAUGAAGUUGCUCUUGCUGUCUCCAGGGCGAGUGCCUAUAACGUGGCAGGAGCAAAACUCAAGUGGUCAGAUGUACUGCGUGCUCUCAAGGAGCCGAAAACGUACAUGAUGGCUUUCAUCUAUGGUGGCGUUGGCAUGGGAUCUGCUGCAGUCGGCAACUUCCUACCGUCUAUCAUCAAGUCGUUUGGUUACUCGGCGGUCCAUUCUCAGCUCUUUACAGUCAUUCCAUAUGCCUGCGCGACGGUGUCUUUGGUCACGGUCAACUUUGUGUCUGAUCGAUUUCGGCGCAAAGGCAUAUUUGUUGCCGGGAGUCUCGUGCUUGCUAUUGUGGGCUAUAUUAUUCUGAUGACCAUCACAAAUAACGCAGGUCGCAUUUUUGCCACCUGUCUGGUGCUCAGCGGAAUCUACCCAGCCAUCAUUCUGGUGUUCUCUUGGGCCAAUACCAACAGCUGUGGGUAUACCAAGAGAGCAACUUCAUGGGCAGUUGCCGGUAUUUUUGCUCAGUGCUUUUCCAUUGCGGCUUCGCAAGUCUACACCGACCCCCCAAGGUAUCUAAAAGGGCAUGGAGUGAUGUUGGCCUUUCUUAGUUUCAGCUUGAUCAACACCCUUGCAGUGUAUUUGUGGAUGAAGCGUGCGAAUGCGAAGAAGGAAGAAAUUGAAUUGGAUUACAGACAGAGGGGUAUCGCCCAUCCACACUAUUCGACUUCAUUGGAGGACGAAGGUGAUGGGCAUAUCAAAUUCCGAUACGUUCUCUGA